AUGAGCCCUCCAGCCCCGAUUGCUAUCAUUGGAGUCGGUUGUAGGCUCCCGGGCGGAGCCAACAACUUGGACAAUCUAUGGAAACUCUUGUCGGAGAGCCGCAAUGGACAGACAGAGAUACCCAAAGAUCGAUGGAACGCGGAUGCGUGGUUCGACGCUUACCCAGACGCAAAGCAGUCAAUGGUAACCAAGCAUGGAUAUUUCCUACAAGAUGACAUCUCUCAGUUUGAUGCCAAAUUCUUCGGAAUCUCUAGUGGGGAGGCAAAUUCUAUGGACCCCCAGCAGCGACUAUUCCUCAUGACGACUUAUGAGGCACUGGAAGAUGCUGGUAUACCCGUUGAAACACUGCGUGGCUCGAACACCGGUGUGUAUGCGAGCAUAUUCGAGAGGAGUUAUGACCGGAUGGGGCAUAAAGAUCUGUCCACAAUUGGGAGAACGCACCUCAAUGGAACGGGAGAGUCUAUUCUCUCAAACCGGGUAUCAUACUGCUUCGACCUGCGGGGUCCCUGUAUGACGAUUGAUACCGGAUGCUCUGGCAGUCUUGUUGGCUUGCAUCAGGCAUGUCAGAGCCUCCGAUCAGGCGAGUCGGACCUCGCCUUGGUGGGUGGCUCUCAGCUCGUUAUCCAGCCGGAUCUUCUAAGCAUAAUGAGCGGCAUGGGAAUGCUCAACCCAGAUGGAAAGUCAUAUGCAUUUGACUCGAGAGGCGCAGGAUAUGGCCGCGGCGAAGGCGUCGCCACUAUCGUCCUCAAAAGAUUGGACAACGCACUCAAGGAUGGUGACCGAGUACACGCCAUCAUUGCCAAUUCAGGCAUGAACCAAGACGGCAAAACUCCCGGCCUCAACACGCCAAGUGGCGAAGCACAGGCAGCACUCUCCCGACGUGUGUACCAAGAGGCUGGGCUAAAUCCAGCCGACACUUCCUUCGUUGAGGCUCAUGGCACUGGAACACAGGCAGGUGACCGCGAGGAAAUAGGAUCUAUAUCCAAGGUAUUCUGCGAAGACUCUGGUAGAACAGAUGACCUAUACGUUGGAUCAGUCAAAACGAACAUUGGACAUCUGGAGGCCACGUCUGGCAUUGCCGGUCUAUUGAAGUCUAUACUCGUCCUGAAGUAUGGCCAAAUUCCUGCCACGCUCAACUUUGUGAAACCAAAACCUUCACUGAAGCUAUAUGAGAAGAAGAUCAAGAUCCCCAGUGAGCUUACGAAGCUGCCAAUACCACAUAAUGGCCUUGCUCGUGUGUCACUCAACUCCUUUGGCUACGGUGGAACCAACUGUCACGUUAUCCUUCAGGCCCCAGAUUUGAAAGAUCCCGAUGAUAUCUCUAAUGGUACAUCUAAUGACACAUCAAACGGAGCAUCCAACGGUACUAAGACCGACGAUUGUGCUCCAAAGCUGUUUGUUCUUAGUGCAUCAACCGAAAAAGCAUUAUUGUCAACCUCAGAGAACCUCAAGAAGUGGGCAGUCAAUCAUGAGCUGAAUCUCCAUACCCUGCGCGGUCUCUCAUACACGUUGGGAGUCCACAGAUCUACACUUGCAUUCCGCCGAGCUAUCGUCGCAUCGACAUCUAUGGAGCUCUUGGAAGAACUAGACGAAAUGGUCUUACCAAAGAGAGCGACCACUCAUGCUCCACUGACCUUUGUGUUUUCCGGACAAUGUGCUCAAUGGCAUGCUAUGGGCCGCGAACUCAUUAGAUCGUCACAAUGUUUCCGGCAUUCGAUGAUGGCUAUGGAUGACACAAUACGAGAGCAAGGAAGCUCAUGGAGUCUCAUUGACGAACUUCUCAAAGAAGAGAGUGAAUCACGAAUCUCAGAGGCCGAAAUCUCACAACCUGCAACAACAGCUAUCCAGAUUGCGCUCGUGGAUCUGCUGGAGAGCCUCUCGAUAAGUCCUAGCCGGGUUGUUGGACACAGCUCAGGUGAAGUUGCCGCUGCCUAUGCGGCUGGUGCUUUGAGAAGAGAGAGUGCCAUCAUUGUUGCGUAUUAUCGUGGUGUUGCUUCCCUGAAAGCCAAAGCGGUAGCGGAGGUGCCUGGUUCCAUGAUGGCAGUUGCCCUCGGAGAAACGGAAGCACAGCGAUACAUCGACAAGGUCACAACUGGGACUGUCAGUGUCGCUUGUGUAAACAGUCCGGCAAGCAGUACAAUCUCUGGGGACUUGACUGCCAUUGAAGAGCUCAAGUCACUGCUCGACGCUGAGGGAAUCUUUGCACGUGCCCUCAAGGUUGAUACAGCAUACCACUCACAUCACAUGCGGCGAGUCGCCCAGGACUAUAAGGAAUCAAUGCGAAAUAUUGAGUCUUCUCGAGUGCGAAGUGGUGUCAUCUUCUACUCAAGCGUCACGGGAACAAUCAAAGCUGCAGACUUCGGCGCCGAGUACUGGACGGAAAACCUCGUUUCUCAAGUCAAGUUCAAUCAGGCCUUGACUUUGUUGAGAGACGAUCAAGUGAGGAACGAAGUGAGCAUGGACACCAGCGUCUUUGUAGAGGUUGGCCCUCAUCCAGCCUUGGCAGGCCCGGCUCGUCAAACACUGGCACAAGCAGGAAGCGAAAAGUUCAAGUUCGAAUAUUUGUCUGCCCUGGUGCGCCAUAAAAACGCUGUACAUACGGUUUUGUCCCUCGCCGGGAAAGUCUUCGAGCUUGGCCUCAAGGUAGACAUUGGAGCUGUUCUCAACAUGAACGGUGCAUCAGAGCCUGAGAUCAUUAGGGAUUUGGAAAAGUACCCUUGGGAUCUGGCACCGUUCUGGCAUGAGUCUCGGCUGAGCAAGUCUCAUCGCUUUCGGAAGUUUGCGCCGCACGAUUUACUCGGCCUACUGGACCCAGGGAGCACUAUCCACGAGCCUCGAUGGAGAUAUCACAUCAACUUGGAUGACUUACCAUGGCUCCGGGACCAUGUGGUUGAGGGCUUCACUCUGUACCCUGGUGCGGGCUACUUGACUAUGGCUAUUGAGGCAAUGAAGCAGCUUGUGCAGCUAAGAAAUGCCCAGCGGUCCGUCUCGAGAUUCAUUCUUCGCGAAGUGGCCAUUUCAAAAUCUAUUGUCCUGAAUGAAUCGGAUAACGAGGGAAAGUCUGGUGAAGUUGAAGUGCAGCUGACAAUGUCCAAAUCUGGUCAGUAUGAAGGCAGUCGCUGGGAGGCUUUCCGGAUCUGGUCCUAUGACAAUGCCAACGAAUCGUGGACCGAGCAUUGCUCUGGUGAAAUUACGGUUGAAUACGAAGACACUGAGGAUGAUGAGGUGAAUGACAUCAAACAAUCAGAUUUGCGGAAAGAAGAGUCGAUGCAAGUUCUGAACGGCGCGCGACAGAGUUGCGAUCUGGACAUGACCAAGACUGAGUUCUAUGAGUUUGCCAAACUUACUGGCAACCAAUGGGAUGGCGCAUUCAGUCCGAUUGAUUCUCUCAAGUAUGGAAACAAACAAGGUCUUCUCGACAUCAUUAUUCCAGACGUGGCGUCUCUGAUGCCCUAUCGCUCUUUCAAACCUCACGUUAUCCACCCAAUCACCCUUGACGCUGUCCACCAACUCAGCGGAAUACUCUUCAAGAAAUUUGUGUCCAAUGCUCCGUGCGUGCCAACUAAGAUCACACUACUGGAGAUCGAUGCCAAGAUUUCUGCACGAGCAGGCGACAGUCUUACUGCCGCUAUGCAGAUCGAACCCGAUGGCCUCAAAGCGUCGACUGGCCAAUCUUGGGUGUUUCAGCGAGAGGCUGAUGGCCAGCUUAGGCCAGUCAUCAGACUUUUGGUAAACCUCAGAGCAAUUGGCGAGGCACAUCAGGAUGAGAACAGGCCUUUCGUUCAGGACAAAGUGAACCGACUGGAAUGGAACCUGGACGCAGACUUCAUGGAAGAAACAUCAUUCUCUCACUUUCUCUCUAUCACCCUCGGCUUGGGCGAGAACAUGACAUACAACUACGAAGGCAGUAAAGUAUCCGCUAUCGAAGCUGAAGAGAGCUUCCGUGCAGCCGACCAGGCCGCUUCCAUCUGGAUUCGAGAUGCACUAAGCUACGUUGAGGCCAACAAGAUUGAGAUCUCAAGCCCUCAUCUUAUCAAAUACUUCAAAUGGAUGAACAAGUGGGUUAGCUCUGACUAUUACAACGACAUCAUGUCAGGGUUGCGCUUUGAGGACGAAGUCAACAUACUGGAGCGAAUUGAUGCUCUCACCAACGCGCCCGAGCUACAACUGCUGGCACGUGUCGGUAGAGCUCUUCCUGCAAUCCUGAGCGGUACUCUUGAGCCAUUGAGCGUCAUGCUCGAAGGUAACCUUCUUAUACGCGCUUAUGAGGGCGGAACCUUCAGCGGUGACUACGAAGCUGCAGUUGCAUACCUUCAGCUUCUCACAUUCAAGAAUCCCAGUCUCCGCUUUUUGGAAAUCGGUGCUGGAACUGGAGGCUGCACAAAGAGACUCCUCGGUGGUAUUGCCGACAAGAACAGUGGCGGUGGACUGCCGAUUGAGAAGUACACUUACACCGACAUAUCGAGCGGCUUUUUUGAGGAGGCUCGUCACACAUUUGUGGACUGGGAGACCUACAUGGAGUUCAAGACACUUGAUGUGGAGGGGGAUCCCCUCAAGCAGGGCUUCCAGCCCGAGACAUACGAUGUUAUUGUGGCAUCAAACGUUUUGCAUGCAACGAAGCGGAUGGAUGUCACAAUGGAACACGUUCGGAAGCUUCUGAGGCCCGGUGGAAGCCUUAUACUUGUUGAGAAUUCACCUAAAGGCGCGGUCAUUGGUCUUAUCUUUGGCACGCUAUCUGGGUGGUGGGCUCAUGACGACGAGUUCAGGGAGGACACUGCGCUGAUGUACCGGGAGCAAUGGGAUAAAAUCCUGUCCAGAAACGGCUUCGGUGGGAUCCAUGUUGCGCGCAACAGUAUGAUGGUUUCCAAAGCUGUGCCACUGUUGACUAACGGACAUGCUGCGCGAAGUGAGCAACUUGUGCUCGUCAGUGAUAUUUCGGGUAGUGGAAUCGAGGCGAUAUCCAAGAACAUCAAGCCUACCUCGGUCAAUUCUCAAAUCAUCAGUUGUAAGUGGGAUCAACUACAAAUUAAUGAGGAGACUGUCUACCUGGUCGUCGAUCGCGCUGAGACACCUCUCCUUCUCGACCCACAACCUCAAUUGUUCAAGACACUCAACGCGCUCCUAGCCGCAAAGGCCAGGAUUCUCUGGGUCGUUACUCAAGAUAACCCCGAACCCAUCUCCACGGCAUACAAGGGCGUGGUCACUGCUGUCGCCAGAGUCCUCCGUCGUGAAAGUGGCAACACCGGAUUUGUUACCCUUGACAUCCGUGACCCUGCUGUCAAUCCAGAAGUGACUGGACGAAUACUGUCCGAGAUGUUACAAAAAUGCUUCUGGCCAGGCGCCCAUGAUCAAAAGUCUUUGGAGCCUGAGUUCGCGUACGAGAAUGGUCGAGUGUCCAUUCCCAGGGUAUUGCCAGACAACACGUCCUUGAAGUGGGUUCGUAGCAGAUGGGAAGCCUCCACAAUAGUCGAGACAGAGACUACUCCCCAUCAGGGUGAUCGGGCUCUGAUGCUCGAACCUGCCACUCCUGGAUUGCUGAGCUCACUCCGAUUUGUGGACAUUGACUUGUCUUCCGAUCUAGGAGCCGAUCAGAUAGAAGUCAAGUCCGAUGCCUUUGGGGUGAACUACAAGGAUCUGUGCGUGGCCUUGGGACAAACCGGUUCGGACACACAAAUGGUUGGCGAGUUCGCUGGUGUUGUUACCGCUGUUGGUAGCGAUAUGAGGGACACGCAUCAUGUCGGAGACAGGGUUAUGGGUUUCGGUGCUCAACCGUACAGCAAUUUAUCGCGCGUCAACGGAUAUCUUGCCCAUAAGACGCCCAGCUCAAUGAGCAACAGCACUGCAGCAUCGAUCGCUUAUGCAUAUGUGGUGGCAUACCAAUGCAUCAAGAACUUGUCCCGCCUCGACCAGGGCCAGUCUAUUCUCAUUCAAUCUGCAUCAGGAGCUGUCGGUCAAGCCGCCAUCCAACUUGCCCAGUCAAUUGAAGCCGAGAUCUUCUGUACUGUUGGAAAUCGCGAAAAGCGGCAGUUCCUGGUUGACACUUACGGGAUCCCGGAAGACCACAUCUUUUCCAGUCAAACUGGGUCGUUGAAACAGAGCAUCAUGUAUGCCACCAAGGGUGAGGGCGUGGACGUUGUGCUCAACACGUCGACGGGGGAAAUGCUAAGGGACAGCCUGGAUUGCGUCAAAAGUCUAGGCGUCUUUAUUGAACUUGGGAAGAGUGAGAUUCAGAAGGCCUCUCAAUUGAGCAUGGCCGCAUUCCAAAAAUCGAUCACAUUCAAUACCUUUGAUCUGAUGACUUUGGCUACGCGAAAGCCCAAACAGAUAUACCAAAUGCUUGGUGAAAUCGUUGAUCUUGUUGGGUCAGACAAACUUCGACCAGCACAUCCUAUCAACACGUAUCCUAUUGAGAAACUGGAAGAUGCCUUUCGCCUGAUUAGUGCAAGAAAACACAUCGGCAAGGUUGUUCUGACAGCGCAGCCUUCAUCAACAGUCAAAUGUCUACCACCAAAGCCGACACCUCUUCGACUCCGGAAUGAUGGGACUUAUAUCGUAGCGGGAGGUCUUGGCGAUCUACCUUCAAGAAUCUGUCGCUUCUUUGCUGCUCGUGGAGCCGGCCAUAUUGUUUCCCUUUCUAGGCGCACCAUCGAUGAGGAGACAAGACUUGAACAUAGGGCGGCAGUGGAGGCAUAUGGCGCCAAGCUUCACUUGCUGAGAUGCGAUAUCACCAACGAAGAGCAGAUGAGAGAAGCAGUAUCAUUUUGCAGUACGCUACCUCCUGUCAGAGGAGUGGUACAGGGAGCCUUGGCACUGAGGGAUCGAACCUUUUCUCAAAUGACAGUUGACGAAUGGAAGAUACCAUUGCAACCAAAGAUCUUUGGAACCAUCAAUCUUGACAAGUACUUUGCCAGCCCCGACUUGGAUUUCUUCGUGGCCCUGUCGUCGAUUGUAUCUGUCAUUGGCAAGUCUGGUCAAUCCAAUUAUGCAGCCGGCAAUGGCUUCCAAGAUGCUUUUGCACGCGCCCAUGCCAACCACCCGCAUACUCAGUAUGUCUCUCUCAAUAUCGGCGCCGUCUCUAUUGACGCGCACGGAGCUUUGGAGACUUCCGAAAAUGAGACUGCAAUCAGUACUAUUAGGGCAAGUCUCCGUCAAAACAGUGUCAUGGAUAUCUCUUUUGACGAAUUCUUCUCCAACUUCGAAUACAUCGCGACAGAUGUUGCUCGAAAUGAUGGUUUGCACCAAUCAAUCCAAGCGGUCACACGCGAGUCAAUGGUGGAAGCCAACGACGAGUAUUUGCUCGACAAUCCCGUUUUCAAUCAGCUACCACUCGCAAUGGAGAAGAAGGACAGUGGUGCCACCAAGACUGACAAGAUUGACUUUGCCUCGGCAUUGGCUAGUGUCGAGACUAUGGCUGAGGCGGAACAGCUGAUACAGGAUGCUUCACUCGCCAAGUUUGCAGUCUUCCUUGACCGGCCUGUGGAGGAGAUUCGGGUGGGUCAGUCUUUGGCUACCCUCGGAUUAGAUUCCCUUGUCAGCAUUGAGCUGAAGAAUUGGAUGGUUCGCACAUUCCAGGUCAAUUUGCAAACAUCGGAAUUGAGCGGUGCCGGUAGCAUCACCGCUCUCACGGCUACAGUCGCCUCGCGAUCCAAACUCAUACCUGAUGAGAUCCGUCAUUCGAAGCCGAAAGAGGAUGUUCCUGUCGUGGAUGAGGCAUCUCUUUCGCAACGCGAUAAGGUAAAGACCAACCAUGACUUUUAUUGUUGCCGAACAUGCAGCGACUUGCCUAGGUAUCCGCUCGUCGAUCUAGAUGAAGCUGUCAAGGACCUUCUCAACAGCGUCGGUCACUUUUCUCAUACUCGAGAGGAAUAUGAGGAGCUUAGUCGCAAAGCUCAUGGUCUAGCUGCACCGGGUAGUCUUGGUCGGAGACUCUACAACGAGCUACGCGUCAAGGCUGAUGAUCCCAACGUGGAGAGCUGGAUCGCCGACCUACUUCUCAAAGCCCUACAUCUCAAACGCCGCUACCCGCUAGCACCUUUUGGAAACUUUAUGGGCACACACUUUGACAGUCCGAAGCCUCACACCCAGGCAGAACGUGCGGCUGCUCUUACUAUAGCCUUGUGUGAAUUUAAGGCCGACCGUGACGCAGGGAGGCUGGAACCCGAUUUCCUUGGCACCAGGGCCAAUUGCGGACAUUCAUUAUCCUGGUUAUUCAACGCCGUGAGAGAGCCGAACGUCGAUUGUGACAAGAUGAUGAAGUACCCGGACAAUGACUACGUUGCAGUUUUGCGAAAGGGACAUCUUUUCAAGGUCCCUCUCCAUUCAUCUGAAGCAAGUGCUUCAUACAGCAUGCUCAAAGCAACGUAUCAGGCAAUCGUUGACUUGGACUUGAAUGACAACUCGUGGGCUGGUAUGUUGACGACCGACAACCGUGAUUCAUGGGGAUUGAAUCGACAGAAGCUUCUCGCUUUGGACAGCAGGAACGCAGCGUAUUUCGAAACUAUUGAAGCUUCUGUAUUCGUCAUGUGUCUUGAUGACAAUAGCCCUGUCACGCGAGCAGACCGGGUUCGUGAUGGUUAUAUCGGCGACUCAUUCAACCGCUGGCACGAUAAAUGUACUCAGAUCAUUGUGACUGCAAAUGGACGCUCGGCGACUAUCUUUGAGCACUCCAUGAUUGAUCUCAUGACGGUUUCUCAGCUUUCACAGAGACUGCAGAAUGCCAUCAACACAUUUGAUCCUGAGGCGCGCGCAGCAAGUAAUGGUAGCACUACUGUUGCUUCGGCUGCUCUCAAGGAGAUCUCGUUGGUGACAACAGAAGAUAUUGAUAGUCACAUCGGGACUCUUCGUCAAGACUACCUCGCCAUCACAUCCACAAAACAAUACGUCCCACAUUUUAUCAACGGUUUUGGAAAAACAUUCUUGCUCGAUAGCUCUGCACCCAUCAAAGCGACUGUUGACCUGACAAUCCAAUUGGCCAGUCGACUCUACUUUGGCUACUUGCCAGCCAGUUGGGAGACUGUAUCAACUGCACACUUCCAUCUCGGCCGCCCUGAGAUCGUGCAGGUGGUUCUCAAGUCGGUCAUGGACUUUUGCGAUGCAGCUCUUGAUGAUGCCGUGCCGCGUGCAGAGGCUCGUCUCAAACUCCUGCAGGCCGCACGCGAGUGCAAUGCCCAAAUCGCCAAAGGAACCGAGGGUCGUAACUAUUUCAGGCUUAUGGAUGUGAUUGAGGUCAUGUCGCAAGAUCAAAAAGAUGAAGAGAUCCCAGAGCUGUUCUCUGAUCCUGUCUGGAAGAGGGGAUACCCACAACUGAUUAUGCAAACCAUGGUGGAAACGAAGUUGUCAGAAGACCCGGGCUUCACCAUGCCGCAUCCAGAGUCUGUGUGGAUGAGCUAUACUGUUUUUGAUGAUUCGGUCGAGGUGUGUUUUGUCAGCCCUGCUGACAGUGCAGAUCGAUUUGGGGCGGCCCUGGAUCGAGCAGCAGAGAUUGUAAAGACCAUCAUUUCUGCACGCGAUGUCUCGGAGAAACAGGCACCAUGA